AUAAUUUCGGUCAUCGUGAGACGAGGUAUCUUCAGCCUUGUACGAUAACGAACAAAACGGCACAAAAAUACAGUCAUUCAAUCAGUAUUGAGGGAACAGUGCUAGUGACCACAAGUGUUGAUAACUACUGAAAUGGGUCGAGUACUUACAAUUUUGGCGGUGGUAGCCAUCGGUUUAGGGUUAUGGGUUGCGUUCCCGUGUUGCGACUCUCCGAAGGCCCCCAAGAUGGAUCUGGAGGAAUGGUGGGGACCAAACGAACUGAAGGGAAAGACUGACACCAGUGUGCGACCGUUCCAGAUCAAAUUCGAUGAAGCACUAGUACAAGACCUGAAAUCACGUCUAAAGAGUCAUCGUCCCUUCACUCCGCCUUUGGAAGGAAUCGGGUUCGAAUACGGUUUCAACUCCAAAACCCUGGAGACGUGGGUCAAAUACUGGGCUGAGAAGUAUCCUUUCGGUGAACGAGAGAAGUUCUUGAACCAGUUCCCUCAGUUCAAGACCAAUAUCCAGGGCCUGGAUAUCCAUUUCAUCAGGGUUAAACCUCAGGUGCCACAAGGUGUGGAAGUGGUCCCAAUUCUCCUCAUGCACGGCUGGCCAGGUUCCGUCAGGGAGUUCUUCGAAGCCAUACCCCUUCUUACGAAGCAGAGGGAAGGAUACGACUUCGCCUUCGAAGUUAUUGUCCCCGCAUUACCUGGUUAUGGAUUCUCUGAUGGUGCAGUCCGCCCAGGUCUCGCUGCUCCUCAGACAGCCGUCAUCUUCCGCAACCUGAUGCACAGGCUGGGCUUCAAGAAGUUCUACAUCCAGGGUGGAGACUGGGGCGCGCUGGUAGCCUCUUGUCUGGCUACACUGUUCCCUCAUGAAGUACUGGGUCAUCAUAGUAACUCGCUUCUUCUUCAGUCUAGCAGCACUACUUGGAGACUCAUCCUUGGUUCCUUCAUGCCGUCAUUGGUGGUUGAACCCAGUUUAGCCGAUCGCAUGUACCCAUUGUCCAAAAUAUUCUCCUUCAUGCUUGAAGAGUCUGGAUAUCUCCACCUGCAAGCCACGAAGCCUGAUACAGUGGGAACCGCAUUGAACGACUCUCCAGCCGGUCUUCUAGCCUAUAUCCUGGAGAAAUUCUCAACAUGGACCCGCCCUGAACAUAAGACUAAAGUGGACGGAGGCUUGGAAUUCCGCUUCACCAAAGAUCAGCUGAUUGAUAACCUCAUGAUGUACUGGACCCCCAAAGCAAUCACAACUUCUGUAAGGUUCUACGCCGAGAAUAUGAAUAAGAAAAACUUGGCAUUCUCUCUGGAUAACGUCAAGACACCAGUUCCCACAUGGGGAAUUCAAGCCAAGAAUGAGUUGGCGUACCAACCCCCAAGCUUCCUUAAAACGAAGUAUACCAACCUCAUUAAUGUGACCGUUUUGGACGACGGCGGUCAUUUCUUCGCCUUUGAACUCCCCAAAGUGUUCGCCGAAGACGUGUUCAGAGCUGUAAAAGCAUUUAGGGCGUGGCACGCGAUUAAGAGAACUGAACUGUGAUAUACAUAUUAUGGUUUGUUUUGUUAAGUUUUUGUUAAUACAUUUUGUUAUUUUUAUA